UCGGGGGGAGUCAACAAGGGUUGUGUCACCAGGGUGGUCGACAUGGGGAGGGCCCAGCGCCGUCAGCAUGAGGCUGUCGCGGACCAUGUGCAGGACACAUUCAGGGCCCGCUCCCCUCUCUAUCAGUACCUGGUUGUUGGCCAGAAGGUCGACAACAAGGGGGUCAUGAUGCUCCGUUGGACGUUUUGCAACAAAGUUUUCCAAGGGACUCAAUUUCAGGCCACGAGGCACUUCACGCAGACAAACUACUGCAAGGACGUCAGUGACGAGGCGUUGUACAAGAUUGCUCGACGGACUCAACAGAAGUUCGAGACCUAUCAGAUGGAGAGGGUUGACAGGUAUGCAACGGAGCGCGGACUCGAUGUGCCCAGCACGGGUGGUGCAAGGGGAGGAGAGGCGGGGCGGCGUCCGGUGGAGGGAGGGGUCGGGGGAGAUGGUGGGCAUGGUGCGGCAGACCCCACUUUGGGUGGUGGAGGCGGUGAGACGGAGGAGGGCGUGAUCCCCGUCGAUCGCGAGGCCCAUGGCCCGGGCGAGGAGGGAGUCCCGGAAAGGGAGGACGUGCCAGAGUUUUAUCCAGGCACUGGGGAGAGGUUGGAGGACUGGCGGAGGUACAUUCUGACGCAGACGGGAUUCCAGUUGGAGGGUGCGGAGUACAUCCUUGCAUGUCGGCAGUUUGAGGACUUCCACAUUCAGCAGGGCAGGUUCGGGGAUUGGGGCGGGCCGGAGGGGCCUGCUCGUGGGCGCGCGUGCAGUGGCGACAGCAAGACGAUUGAGUGCGCGUCUUGGUGGUCUCAAUUCGGGUCGGGCGCACCAGAGUUGCAGCGUUGCGCUCUUCGGGUGAUGCACAAGUGGUCUUGCGCCUCUCCAGCGGAGAUGAACUGGGCAGUCCAUGAGGGCAUUCACACGAAGAAGCGCAACCAGUUGGCCUUCGAGAAGGUCGUGCAACUCGUUGAGAUCACCGCAAAUGUGCGGUUGACAAGGUAUCGGCAGGCUGGAUGCGGUUAUGUGCUACCAUGGCAGCGGGACGAGGGCAUGCUGGAUUGCCAGGCAGGACUCGAGUUGGAGCCUGUGCGCUCGGGGACUUGCAGGGGGAUGACGGAGGAGGAGAUUGCCCGUCAGGUUGCACUUAUUACCCGGGAUCCCAUCGGGGCGUCCGCACCACCCUCGGCUGAGGCCGUUUUCGAUAGACGUGCUUGGAUUUUUCGUCCCUACCCCAGGGAGGACGACUCUGACGAGGAGCCGGUACCCGAGGCGGCAGAUGACCCUGCGCUCUGCAUUCCCCGGGAGAUCGACGAGACGCAUGAGGAUCCCGACUCCGAGGAGACGAGGGCACACACUGCACGACGGGUGGCGGACCGGGCGGAGAGGGAGAUGCUGGGGGGAGACGAGGACUUUUGGGGCCCAUUCGGUGAGGUCGCUUCCAUGGGCGGCCCAGAGCCGCAGGCGACGACCCCCACUCCGACGAGGCGGGAUUCGUCCAUUCCGCCACCUCCUGCUCCGAGUCCUGCACCACCAUCACCCGUCUCUCCACUUCAGCCGGCCACGGCAACCGCGGAUAGGGAGGAGUUGGGGUCCUCUUUGCCUCAGCGCGGCCUUCUGCACAGAGGCGGGGCAGUCCGCCAGCUUAGGUUAGGAUCACCUCCCCCGAGGAUAUUGCAGGAGGAGGGGGCACCUUCGGCAGCAGCAGUGGAGAGUUCGGUGGCACCAGCGGCAGUGCCGGACGCGGCGAUCACAGCCGCGGUGGAGGAGAUAGCAGCAGCAGCAGCAGCAGCAUCAUCAGUGCUGGAGGAGAUGGCAGCAUCACUGCUGGAGGAGGAUCCACCGGCGGCAGGAGGAGCAGCAGCAGUGGAGGUUGAGGUGGCAGCAGCAGUGGAGGACGAGGAGGCACCGUUGGCAGCUGCAGUGGAGGAGGAGAUAGCCGCACAGGCCGAGGUGCAGCGUGGGGGCGAUGACGAGCGCCUCAUGCAGCAGUUCGUCAUGGAGGAGUUCAGUCCGAGGACGCCAGGCGUCAAUUGUGUGCAGGGUGGGGUGGUGGCGGGGGAGGACGUUGCGGAGCAGGUGGCAGCAGAGCCGGUACCCGAGGCUAUGCCGGGUGGAGCAGAGGCAGCGGACGUUGCUGUGGAGGGACGGCCUCAGGCGGUGGAUGAGGCUGUGCAGGCACGACAGCGGCGAGUCGAGGGGGCUAUAGACGCACGGCGCGAGGUCCAGGAGACAGCGACGGGUCCAGUCGUUCCGUUCUCCGGCCUGCACUUGGCUCAGGCCCGACAGCCGCAGGCGGUUCAGAUGGCAGUGUAUGGUGUGCCACCACCCGUUAUCAUGGAUUUGGGACCCGAGCCGGUGGUUGUGCCCCCACGUCUUCCUAGCCACUUUGCUCCGCAGGAGGACCGUCGUCCUUUGGAUGCAGAGGAGUUGGCGAGAGAGGUUGUGCGCGAUGUUACUCGCUUGGACCGGCGGAUCUUUGACCGGAGGCUCGAGCAUCCACCAUGGCAGUCGAGCCCUUCAGUUCCAUGGGGUCCUGCGUCGCCCGUGUGGUCUGGGUCUACCUCCACCGGAGGACGUAUCGCGGGACAUGUUCCAAGGGUUUCGGGUGGCGUGCCAGAGACAGCGCCACGCACAGGAGACAUGCCACCCCCUCCUCCCAGAGCACCUGCAGGUGAUCCAUCAUCGUCGCCCACAGGCAGAGGCUCUCGAUCCCCACACACGCCUGGGAGAUCUAGGAUUCGUGACACGACAGCAGUUCAGCAGGACGUGUGUGACACGACGAUAUUCGGGAGGACAGAUAUAGAUUUGGAUUCCACCCGCCGUGUCACGGAGCACACUGCACACCUUCAGUCGGGCUUGGGAGGAGGAGGCGCUAGGACGACUGCGGCGAGGGAGGUACCAGCAUCAGGUUGUGAGCCUCAGCGAGGUCGUGGAAGAGGAGUGUCCACCGAGACCUUGGAGUACGCUCUGAGAGCAGUGACGCGUGCCGUUCAGGAGCAGACUCCACGCAAGCGUGGAGUGCCUCCUCGUCCACGCCCCGUGCCUGCAGAGGGAGGCGCAGCACUUGGAGAGAGUUCGGGGGCGGAGGGGUUGGGGAUGCCUCGUGGAUCCCGCCGUGAGCUGACCAUUGCAGAGGCCACCGCGAGGGUUGUUGUGUUGAGGACGGGAGGAGGCCCAGUCACCAUCGAGGAGGAUGAUCCUGAUACGGAUGUGGCUGUGCGGGAGGCGGACGAGGACUACGAGGGCGAGGAGGGGGGAGAGGAGGAUAGCAGGAGCGGUUCCGAUGGUGAUGACGACGACGACUACGAUGAGCCCCCACCUCCCCCAUGACCCCCACCGACGCGUGCAUCUCGACGC